CAUCUGGGAUAAGAUGGUUGAUAAUGGAGUUUUACCUAGUAUAACUUCGUACAACAAUAUGAUUCUCGGAAAUUGCAGAAAUGGGAAUAUGGACAGAGCAUUGAAGUUGUUCUCAGAGUUGCCAAAAAGGAAUUUGAAAGCUAAUGUUAUAACGUAUAGCAUUUUGAUUGACGGGUAUUUUAGAAAAGGUGACGGUGAUAAAGCUGAGAAUAUGUUUAAUCAAAUGUCCUCUUCAGGAAUUUUCCCUACUGACUACACAUUCAAUACCGUGAUCAGUGGUAUGUCUAAGGUUGGCAAAACAUCGGAGGCAAAAGAUUUGCUUAAGCAGAUUGUGGCAGGAGGUCUCCUCCUUCCAACAUGCAUGUCUUACAAUAGCCUAAUCGAUGGAUUUUUGAAGGAAGAUGAUGUCAACUCAGCAUUGACUGUUUAUAGAGAGAUGUGUGAUAGUGGGAUUUCCCCAGAUGUUGUCACUUACACAACUUUGAUUGAUGGGUUCUGCAAAAGCAAUAACAUUGAUCUAGCUUUAAAAAUGCUGAAUGAGAUGAGAAAUAGAGAAAUUAAGUUAGAUGUCAUUGCAUAUGCUGUUCUUAUAGAUGGCUUUUGCAAAAGAAGAGACAUGAAAAGUGCUUCCGAACUUUUUGAUGAAAUCCUUCAAGUUGGUCUCUCUCCUAACCAGUUUGUUUAUAACAGCAUGCUAAGUGGGCUUAGAAAUGUAAAUAAUAUGGAAGAAGCACUAGUCUUGCGUGAUAGGAUGAUCAGUGAAGGUGUUUCAUGUGAUCUGGAAACAUACACCACAUUGAUUGAUGGGCUUUUGAAAGAUGGAAAAAUAGUUCUGGCAUCUGAUUUGUUCACUGAGAUGCUUGGAAAGGGUAUAAUGCCUGAUGACAUCACAUAUACUGUUCUUGUACAGGGUCUUUGCAAUAAAGGUCAGGUUGAGAAUGCAUACAAUAUCUUAGAGGAGAUGUGUAAAAAGAGUAUAACUCCUAGUGUUCUGAUUUAUAAUACACUGAUUGCUGGAUACUUCAAGGAUGGAAAUUUGCAAGAGGCGUUUAGGUUGCAUGAUGAGAUGCUUGACAAAGGUCUUAUGCCUGAUGAUACGACCUAUGAUAUUCUUAUAAGUGGAAAGUUGAAGGAGAAUAGUUUGGAUCUUGGUAUUUCAAUGCCGCAAUGAACCAGAUAUCCUCUAGCAAUUUGUUGACGAGACUGCUGUCUGCAAGGUUGACAGCUUUAGUGCAUGGGGUCCAAUGAAAUGAGAGCUUCGUCACCUCGAGUCCCUCGAAGAGCACCCACAUGCAGACCAAAGGCUUUGGAAAGAAGAGCAUAGAAAGAACUGGGAAAAGCAAAGGCAGUUAUAGUUGGAGGGAGCAUAGCAGGUAUGUUGUGCACAUGCUCUCGUUAGAGCAGAUUGGGAUGUUGUAGUUCUUGAGAAAACUCCAACACCUCCAACUUGUAGUCCCACUGGUGCUGGCCUUGGACUUGACCCUCUGUCUCACAAAAUCAUUGAAUCUUGGCUUCAACAUGGGCCUCAACUCCUUCAACAAACCACCUUUCCUCUUUCAAUAGAUCAAGUAAGUUCAAUUUAUUUUAAUUGAAUUAUAUACUUUUAUUUGAUGGUUUUAUGUCAAACCAAAUUUUUAACUAUUAUUAAAUGUUUCUUUUACUAUAUACUUAUGCAUUAUACUCCUUAACUCCUGCAAGAAAAAUCCUAAAAUGAUGAUUAUUAGUAGCGUAGUCAACACUAUUAGCUAUAAAUUAUUCUUCUCCUUUUGACUCAUUUAUCCGAAACUAUUUGACAUUGUAUGGAAUUUAAGAUUGUUAAUUUGUCUAGUCUUUUAAAUGUUUAAUGGUAGUGUGCCUAGUGUUGUUAAUCCUUCCCAUCAAAGUUGCAGCAAAUGGUUUCAGACUUAGUUUUGUACUGGGAUAUGAACUUAGGAUUUCCAUGUUAUUGCUCCUAAAGCCUCAAUAAUCAGCCCUCCCUUUUGUUAUCUGGCUAGUGAAAGGUGAUAUUUCAAUAAUUAACACGUCAGGUCAUGAGAAAAUCAUCGUACUGUAUGCCCCUCUAUUUGCUCGUCUUUAUAGUUUGGAAGGGUAAAAACUAGAAGCUGUAGUAUGGUACUCUUUCAAGAAGUGAUGAAUAACGUCUUAUGAACUUUAAACUGAUCAUUGAUGAGUAUCUCUUGGUGUUUCCUUAGCAUCAAGUUGUUCAUCAUUUGGCGGCACUACAGUGUCCAACACUCACAACAAAAGUGCCUUUUCAGUAUAAGUUCGGCCUUUUCGGCACCACAGUGUCCUACAUUUCCCUUACCAUUAUUAUUUCUUGAACAUUUGAUUCUGCAAUCUUAUGGGCGCCACAAUAUAGUCUCACCUCUAAAUAAGUACAAGAGAAAUCGGUAGAGUAUCUCUUAGAGUUCAGCUAAUUUGUGAAUACUUGUAGGAACAAUUUCUUUUUUAUUUAUCCAGGGAUUUGGAACAUGAUCGGAAGGUAGGACAUCAGUUCACCAGUUUCAAAAAAAAAGGUAGGACAAUGAGUUAAGCAUUAGCGAACAUGAGGGACCAUAUAUAGCUUUCGCACCAUGAUUUGAAAGAUAUAUUCCUAAUCUGAUUUUCUCUUGCCCACGGAGUCACGGAUAAUAUGUGUAAAUUUAGAGUUAAAUGUUGACAUUGAAGUGAGGUAGUGGCAUGUUUAAUGUCUAUCUGCGUUCAAGAUCCACAUGAAAUCAUCAUAAUUCUUCCUUCAUUGGGAAGCCAUGGAAGCUACUCAGUGAUCAAUGAUGGACCAGAAUUUUGCACAAGCGGGUUCAGUUGGAGAAAAUAGUAGUCGACAGUACAGGAAGAAUCAGGCACUUUAGCUUACUAUUUGCACAUCCACACUUCUUGGGUGCAUAUGGUUCGCCCCUUAUAAUGAUGUGUCUAAUAUAGUUGUCAGUAGCUAGUUAGUUGCAAAUUUGGUAUUCUUCAAUUUUGAUUUUCAUCCAUCCUCAUUCCUGAACUUAUGGUCAACUACAGAACCAGGAAACAGAUGGAGAAACAAAAGUGAGGCGGACAUUAGCGGGGGAUGAAAAUUUCAAUUUCAGAGCAGCUUAUUGGGCUGAUCUCCAUAACCUUUUGUAUGGUGCACUACCAGUAGAUAUUGUUUUAUGGGGUUAUUUGUCCCUCUCCUUUUCCAUGUACGAUGAUAAAUCAAAAGUGAAAGUCGAAGCUAAAGUUCUUGAAACAGGUGUUACAAUUGACAUUGUUGCUGAUUUGCUUAUUGCUGCUGAUGGUUGUCUGUCUUCAAUCAGACAAAGUUUCUUUCCAGACCUUAAACUGAAGUUAGUAUAUGAAGUCAAUGAAUGUUCUUCUUUUCCCCGCUUUUAAUCAAGGAAAUGCAAAAGGUUUGGUGUUUUUAGUAACUCCUAUUUUCUGGUUGAUAUUCAGGUUACUGUGUGUGGCUUGGGUCUACUAUACAGGGGAAUGGUGAGAUUGAUGAGGAUGUCUCUAAACGUAUUAGAGCAGGUUGGAUGAAGUGGAGGCUCGCCUCGGGAGUGUUGCGUGAUAAGAAGGUGCCCCUUAAGCUUAAAGGUAAAUUCUAUGGAGUGGCAGUCCGUCCGGCCAUGUUGUAUGGAGCGGAGUGUUGGCCGGUCAAGCACUCCCACAUCCAAAAAUUGAAAGUGGCGGAAAUGAGAAUGUAACGUUGGAUGUAUGGGCUUACUAGAGGGGACAGAGUUAGGAAUGAGGUUAUCCGGGAGAAGGUGGGAGUGGCUUCGGUGGAGGACAACAUGCGGGAAGGAACGCUGAGAUGGUUUGAGCAUGUGAUGAGGAGGGGCGCGGAUGCCCCAGUUCGUAGGUGUGAGAGGCUAGCUUUGGAUGAUUUUAGGAGGAGAAGAGGUAGGCCGAAGAAAUACUAGAGGGAGGUGAUUAGGCUUGACAUGGAGCAGCUUCAGCUUACUGAGGACAUGACCCUAGAUAGGAAGGUGUGGAGGUCGUGGAUAAGGGUAGAAGGCUAGUGUGAGUGUGUGGGUUGUAGCAGGCAGUCAGGAGAGAUCUUGUGUAGCCGGGUUCGUAACCCUAGGACUGUGUACGUAGGUGUCGUUGGUAUGUGAGGGUAUGUUACUACUAGGUGGGGGGCCUAUUUCUUAUUUCUUAGUUCCUAUUUUCUUAUUUAGUGUUGCCUUUAUUUCUUGUAUUUCGUUUUUUCUCUGGUUUCAUUUAUAUUAUUUCUUAUUCCUGAUUCCGUUGUGUCAUCCAUCCUCCUUGUUUAUUAUUCUUUAUCUUGAGCAGGGGGUCUAUCGGAAACAACCUCUCUACUUCUUCGGAGGUAGCGGUAUGGACUGCGUACAUCUUAUCCUCCCAUCCUCCCCAGACCCCACUUUGUGGGAAUACACUGGGUUUGUUGUUGUUGUGGUUGUUGUUGUAUUCAGGUUACUGUGCGUGGAGAGGGGUUCUUGAUAUUUCCAAUAAGGAACACUCAGAAGCCAUUAUCAGCCUUAAGAAAUUGUAUCCAGAUCUUGGGAAAUGCCUGGAAUUUGACCUGAGCUCUGGAACUCUUAGUGUAUUGUAUGAGUUAUUGAACCAUAGGUUCAAUUGGAUAUGGUACAUUAACCAGCCUGAACCAAACCUCAAGGGAAUUCUUUGAGAAUGAAGGUUAGCAAAAACUUGGUUCAAAACAUGCAUGAAGAAGCUGAGAAGACUUGGGUUCCUGAAUUGGUCAGGGUAAUUAAAGAAAUUCAGGAACCUUUCCUAAAUGUGAUAUAUGAUUGUGAUCCUCUGGAGCAGAUUUUCUGGGACAAAGUGUUGAUUGGAGAUGCAAGCUCAUCCUACUACUCCUUAUAGUGUGAGAAGUACAACAACAACAACAAACCCAGUGUAUUCACACCUAGUGGGGUCUGGAGGGUAAGAUGUAUGCAGUCCAUACCACUACUUCAGGAGAAGUAGAAAGGCUAUUUCCGAUAGACCCCCGGCUCAAGGCAAGGAGAUAGAUAUUGGAUGCAGCUGUUUUAGGCAAAUGCCUAGAGAAGUGGGAAUUGGAAAAUAUGAUAUCUGCCUUUGAAGAAUAUCAGUCCAAUAGGGUGCCAGUUACUACGGAGCAGGUUCUAUAUUCAAGGAGACUAGGUCGCAUGAAACAAGGUUUUAUCACUUUCAGACCGUCUGUCCUUUUAUCCAAAAGGUGCAAGUCCAGAAGAUUGUAAAGAGCUUCAGCAAAAUAACAUGCCUCAUUUCUACAAUAUUCCUUCGUUACCAAGUAAUAUCACUGGUUUCUAUACUUGUCUGGUUACUAAAGCAUUGUUGGAUGCGUAAUUGAGACAAGCAUUUCGUGUAUAUGCCCAUUUUGCAAAUGAUUGUAUUCUGGUGCAUCCAAAAUAUAACAGGCAGAGUAGUGGUUGUAUCAGCAUACAAUUCAUGACCUCAUGAAUGUAGUAUAGUGAAAAUGUAGUUCAUAGUAUUUGACAGUAAAGAUAUUUCUGUCAUUGCUUAUUCUCGUGUUUAAAGGAAUAACACUAUUGACACAGAAUUAUUGUGGUUACUUCUAUAUAAAAUUCAUGACAUCUUGACAUCAUGUAUGAUAUGAAGUGCAAAUGAAGUUGAUUUUCUUGAUA